AUGUCGGGGGAAGGGGACAGAGACAUGGAUGACGUGGACGUGUCGGGGGACAUGAACACGGCAGACGCUCCGCACCUUUGCUUACCGCCUAUUCUUUGGAACGUGUUACAGGACAGACCUCUUGCAAUUCCAGGGCAAUGCAUCGCUGUAUGUCUGUAUGCGAAUGAAUGUUGCUUUAUCAUGGAUGCCGAGCUGCUCCUCACCGCAAAGGACAUAAACACUGUGAACCAGUGGGCCAGUGGCUGGGCUCGGAGCACACGUGACCGUGGCGCGCAGAGCCGUCUCGCGCGAUACGAUGAUUUCAUGCGGCAGACGGCUGAACUGUUCCUGAGCGGAGACAAUGUCUAUAGGUUCGACAUUGUUCCGGUCCUGUUGUUCGAUUGCCACGGCCUGGUUAUAUCGGUGACGGAAUGGGAUCGCGUGAAAGGUUCCAUGGCAUUACGACAGUCUGCUCGUCUACCCUCAGCCGAUCCCACCGCAGGUGCAUCGGCUGCAUCGACGGGGCCGUUGAACAGGACAGUGAAGCGUCGUGCGGCGGUGCCGGAGGCGGAGGCCCGUGCAACGCGACGGUCCGUUUCAUUCUCAGCUGGGACCGACACGGAUGCAUCUGGUCAGUCCGCUGGCAGUACUGUCAGUGGUGGCAGUGCUGUGGAUCGGGACCGGGAACUCAGCCGACAGCUGGAAGCGCUUAAGCUGGAGAACAAGGCCCUGAAGCUGAAGAGCACCGUCACGGCUGGUCUGCAGCGAGAGUGCCGGGGUAAAAACUUCGACAUCACUCGUGUGCAAACUCACAAGACAGCUCAGAAGAAACUGAAUCAGCUCCGGUACGGCAGACUGGAGGCAUACUUGGAGUCGGAAGAGGGUGCGGACGCUGAUGAGGAUGAUGUGGCACUGACCGGAGGUUGGCUGACGCCGCAGGGCACCAUUGCGUUGGCUCUGCGCCGGAACUUGAGCAAUUGUUCAGCGCAAGACCUUGGCAUGGUGCUGCUGCAGGACACCUCCAAAAGCACAGUCCUGCGUGCUGAAUGCAAGGUCGGUGCCGCUUUGGUUGCAGACAGCAGGCUCUUUUUCGAGCGGUGGCAGCAGGAGGUGUACCACGGCCCACACCUAUUGGAAGGAAAACCGUCAGUGUCUCUAACCUUCCUUCACUACAGGGAAGAUGCCACCAACCACCGGCACAAGAUGAUGGCACUGGAAUUACAUGCGGCUUACGUUGUUUCUUCACAAGACACGGAUGCACUCGCGGCCAUCAGCACGGAACAUAUGUCCUCCAUGAAACGCCUGGCCGAUGUCGUGCCCGUCUCUGACGGGCAUUCUCAAGACAUUGCAUGGUUCAUGGCCACGACGGAUGGCGGCACCAACGAAACCUAUGCCAAAAAAAUGAUUCAGGUCAUCACGCGGGACAUGCAGAGCUUCUUCUACCUGCCGGGCACCUGCCUCGAGCAUCAAAGCCAUUUGGGCGUUCUGGGCAGCCUCAAACACGUUGACAGCAUGCUGCGCGAGCACGGAUGCACCUGGCGGUACUUCAGCUCAAUGGCGAUGAUCACGAACACACUCCGGGAUUUGUCGCAGGCAUUGUUUUCCUCUUGGCGAGUCCUCUUUGGCGACGAGUCAGCAGUCGCUCGUGUGAAGACGCUGUUCCCCCGCUGCAUCGCUGAACGCUGGGGCAGCAUAGAUCUCACGGAGUCCAGAAUGCUGAAGGCCGACAUUUGUUGCUUGUCCGAAGCGGUCUCGCACAUGUUCCAGGUGAGCCCAGAACUCACUUCUCGCAAUGACAGGGGUGGCGAUGACGUGGAUGCCAUUGCCGCGGAUGAGUCCGAGAACUAUCAGAGAAAGAUUGGCAAGUGGCGCACCCAUUCAAUAAACACGUUGCGAGAUCCCCUUUUCGAGACGGUUGCCCACGUGAUGCACCACGUCAAGGGCCCCUUCAUCCACCUGUCAAACUUCCUCAAGAAGAAGCUCCCGGUGGGCAGCGAGGGACAUCUCUCCAGAUUGGUUUGUGGUAAAGCUGCUGACAUGCUUGCGGAGUUCGACAUCAUGCUGCUUAGCGUCAUUGACAUGGAUGCGGCGCAUAAGGGACAGGAGCGGCAGCAGUGGUUGAAGUUCCCGGCGCCGGGCGACCGUGCGCUUCCGGACUGCGACGUGGAGUUUGUGCUGCAGCUGGCCCGUGCCCAGAUCAUUCUGAAUGCAUCUGCCUUUGAACGCCGCGUUGUUGCACCACUACGGUGCUGGCCACACCGCUUCCUCCUACUUGGAAAGCAACCCAACGGUGUGGCCUGCAACCUGCGUAAGCAGAUUGCAAGGGAGCUUCUGGAAACACCCGCCCACGACUUAGAAGUCAACGCCAGAAAAAUGAAGGCGGUGUUCCACGCCGACCUUCUGGAGGCAGCCCACUCCGGACUUCUGUCGGGGCGCUUGCGGGUGUGUGUCCGCACGGUGGGGGUGAUGUGGAAGGCGGACAGCCGGGAAUGUGAACGCAUCAACAAAAUGUUGAAGCUGUUCACGGAGAGGGGUCCGACCUCAUCCGCCGAGCUGGUUUCCAGCCGAGCGUGCAUCAAGCACUACCUCGGAGAGGCGGUCGUUGCGGGCGCGACCGAGCUGCGGCGGAAAUGGUCGCACUACAGGCCCAAUGCACGACUGCACGUUGACCGGUGGAUACAGCCAGCACCACCGCCGUCAGACAAAGGACAGCAACUGCCCUCGGAGAAGGAGGUUGCCGUCUUGUGGGCAAAACUCCACCCCUUUGGUCGGUCCUUGGCAUACAAGUGGGCAGCAUGCUACAACAUGAUCUUGAAGAAGCAGCUGGCGUGCCGGCGCACAGAACUGGAAUCAAAUGGGCAUGCUGCUGCAGCUGCCACUCCGGUGAUUGCAAUUGGUUUCAAGCCAGUCGGGCAGGAGGAGAGCCGUUCCCAAUACUACGUUGUUGCGGAGAAGGUUUAUUCUGUCCAUCGUUUGGCCCCUUGCGUGGUUUCACAGGAACGAGAGGUCUCCAUCCAGAUGCCGUUGAGCUUUCGAGGCUCCACGGAAUUGCUAGCCUCCUACUGGGAGUCCACCCAAUCAGGCGGAGUCGUGAAAGUCUUCUGGAUUCCUCUGCAAGGGGCUGCGAUCACCAAACAGACCGAACUAAGUGCACUUGGCCAGGUGCAUGACGGACAGGACAGUGAUGCCCGCGAUCCAGACGGCAACGAGUCCGACGAGGAGGAUGUACAGGACGAUGAAGACCUGACAGAAGGUGGACAGUGUGCUGACACGGACUCCGAUUUGCUACGCGUAGCAUUGGCUGUCAAGUCGGAUGAGGACCAGUGUCACGGGGAUGAUUUGGAUGAUGAAGAUGUGUCACGGGAUCACAAGCGGGACCUCUCGGAGAACGAAGUCACGGUUCGCGAGUGCCGACGAGCAAAGGAAGCGGUUGACUCAGGGAUGUGUUCGGAGGUCAACCUGCAAUCGAUCAGACACGCGGGCAUGGACAUCCCCGGGCUGGACAUGGACCCAGAGAUUGAAGGGACAGCGGAUGUGCAGGAGCUGUUGUUUGAGGGGAUAUUGAAUUCGGAAGGCGUCAUGGGAAAUUACGACAUUGCAGGCGAACCCUCGUCUGCAUCGGAUACGGCACUCACGCGAGGCCGUCCUACGCAUGCAAUGCUGGCGGAGGCCAGCAACCUUUGGGCGACGGAAGCCGAACUCGGUCUUGGAAGCACUGGCUUCUAUUGGCUCUCACAUACGAAAGAUCCAGGCCACGAAGGGUGCGUCUCGUUAUGCCACCUCCCGGCCCAGGAACAGGAGUCGUCGUCGUCGUUUUGCUUUCUGCAGUGGACGAAUCCGGGUGUAGAAGGACGUGUGGCCGACCUGACUACCGACAGCUUUCUGAAAUGCAUUGUCCCGGUGGGCAAGAAGCGCGUGCCCUUGAAUUUGCAACAGUUGGGCGGUCGCAUUAUCCUCCCAUGGACCAACGCAAAAAUUGUGAAAGACAAGCAGUUUACGCAUUCGUCAACAAGAAGCAAGAACAAUCCCAACAAAAUCCCCGCGGAGGUUCAGCGCAUUGUGCAAAUGUGCCGGGUGGCUGAGAGCAGACAACAAGAUCCCCGUGGGACGGACACAUUGCUUGCGGGGUCGGACCUUUGCUUCAUCUGCUCGUUUGGGGACCAGAGCCCGGAUCAUGACGUGGAUACGUGUGAGGAUGCUGAGGAGGGCGAUGCGUCCGACGACGAUCCGGGUCCAUUGACGGCAUGCCCCAUUUGCCUGCUCAGUAGUCACAAUGCGUGUGCCAGGAAGCUCAGAGAUUGGAUGCAUCAACAGGAUUGUGGUCUGCCUUGCAAAGCACCCCCGCAGCGAUUCCCGACGGUGUUUGGUGGUGGUCACUGUCACUGCUGUUCCCUUGUGCGUCUGGGCGACGAGCAGGAGGAGUGGGUCGCCCAUGUCACGUGA